AUGCUUGAGAGGAUAGCAGCUGAAGCGAGAAGUAGCGACUAUUACGGAAUAGUUGUAGACGAAACAGCAGAUAUCAGUCGAACAGAGCAAGUAUCCAUUUUCCUUAGAUAUGUUUUCAAUGGCGAAACUAAAGAGACAUUUAUUGGUUUCUAUUCAACUAAAUCCACGGAAGGGGAAGUAUUAUAUGAGCUAGUGAAGACAGCCAUUAGCAAGCUGGAGUUGAAGUUAGAAGACAUAGUUGCAGAAUGCUUUGAUGGCGCUGCAAAUAUGAGUGGCGCUCGUAAAGGGCUUGCCGCACGUAUGAAGGAGUGUUCACCUCUUAGUAUCUACGUUCAUUGCCAUGGACAUCGGCUUAACUUGGCGCUACAAGAUACUAUGACCACAAUUGAGCCACUUCAGAAAGCUUUAGGCGUGAUCCAGAGUCUCCAUAAUUUUUUGGAAGGAAGUCCCAAACGCCACGCUAUCUUCAAGGAUAUCGAAGUCGAAGAUGAGGGCGAAGAUUUUAAACUGACAAUUAAAUCGCAGAGCGCUACUAGAUGGUCUUGUCGCUGGGCAGCUGUAAAGGCAGUGGUAAACCAAAUGCCUAAGAUCAUCGAGGCUCUUCUCUCACUCUCAAAAGAUCGUGAUCCGAAGACGUACAAUGACAGCAAUUCCCUACUUAACUCGAUUUGUGACUUUCGAUUCGUUUUUGGUUUGAUGGUAUUAAAGGUUGUUUUGUCCAACACCGAUGGUUUGAGCAGAUACCUACAAGGAAAGCAGAUGGAUGUCGUAACGGCAAAGAAGAGUGUUGAUGGCGUGAUCAAAACACUAAGUGAAUGUCGUACCCAGGAAAAUUUUGAUCUCUUGUGGUCGCGCGCUGAAAUCAUGGCAGACAAAAUCAAGGAACAAAUUGAGGGUACUGAUUUCAAUUUCAAAGAUGCAAAGGUACCAAGACUCAAACAGCCAUCACGCCGGCUGCAGACACUUGUCGGCGAAAUGCCUGAAGUGAAUGCAGAAGUGGAGUACCGAACAGUGGAAGACCACUAUCGUAUCACAUGUUACUACCUAAGCAUUGACAGGAUUGUCGCGGAGAUGAAAUAUAGAUUUGAAGGUAAUGAUCAAGAGGUGCUAUUGGCACUUGCAGACAUAGUCUUCAGCAGCUCUCCGACCAUGAAGAAUAUUGAGUUGGUAUCAGACUUCUAUAGUAUCGACAGUGAGCUUCUUGGCAGUGAGAAAAACGUCUAUGAGAAUAUUGAUGCUGAUAACCCUGAUCCUGAAAGAAAAAACGCCGCUGAAAUUGUGAGGAAAAUGUUUGAAAAUGGUGUUCAUGAAGUUCUUCCUGUUGCUUACAAAGUAUUUUCGAUUCUGGCCACGAUCCCUGCAACAUCCUGCUCUGCUGAGAGAUCUUUUAGCGCUCUUCGCCGCUUGAAAACCUAUCUUCGAAGUACAAUGGGGCAAAAAAAAACAGCAUUGCCCUUAUCAAUAUUGAGAGAGCUUAUGCAAAUAGUACUUUAA